AUGUCUACAAAAAAAAUCGUCGUUCUACCAGGUGAUCAUGUUGGUGAAGAAAUUACCGCUGAAGCUGUCAAAGUCUUAAAAGCAAUCGCUGAAGUUGACAAUUCUAUCAAUUUCGAUUUCCAAUAUCAUUUAAUCGGUGGUGCUGCCAUUGAUGCAACAGGUGUUCCAUUACCUGAUGAGGCCUUGGAAGCAUCCAAAAAUUCAGAUGCUGUCUUAUUAGGUGCCGUAGGUGGACCAAAAUGGGGGACUGGUGCUGUUAGACCUGAACAAGGUUUAUUAAAAAUCCGUAAGGAAUUGGGUCUUUAUGCCAAUUUAAGACCUUGUAAUUUCGCAUCUGAAUCACUAUUAGGUUUAUCACCAUUGAGACCAGAAAUUGCUAAGGGAACUGAUUUCAUGGUCGUUAGAGAAUUAGUCGGUGGUAUCUAUUUCGGCAAGAGAAAGGAAGAUGAAGGUGACGGUGUCGCUUGGGAUAGUGAACAAUACAGUGUCCCAGAAGUCCAAAGAAUCACAAGAAUGGCUGCAUUCUUAGCUUUACAACAUAACCCACCUUUACCAAUUUGGUCUUUAGAUAAAGCUAACGUCUUAGCAUCUUCAAGAUUAUGGAGAAAAACCGUGGAAGAAACUAUUAAGAAUGAAUUCCCAACUUUAACAGUACAAAACCAAUUGAUUGACUCCGCGGCAAUGAUCUUAGUCAAGAACCCAACUCAAUUAAACGGUAUUAUAAUUACAAGUAACAUGUUUGGCGAUAUUAUUUCUGAUGAAGCUUCUGUUAUUCCAGGUUCCUUAGGUUUAUUACCAUCUGCAUCUUUAGCUUCAUUACCUGAUACAAACACCGCCUUCGGGUUAUAUGAACCAUGUCACGGGUCUGCUCCAGAUUUACCAAAGGGUAAAGUUAAUCCAAUUGCUACUAUUUUAUCUGCCGCUAUGAUGUUGAAAUUAUCAUUAAAUUUGGUAAAACAAGGUGAUGCCAUUGAAGAAGCUGUCAAGAAAGUUUUAGAUGCUGGUAUAAGAACCGGUGAUUUGGGUGGUUCCAACUCUACCACCGAAGUCGGCGACGCUAUCGCUAAGGCUGUUAAAGAAAUCUUGGCUUGA